CUUGCGACAAUUGCGGUGGCAUUUUGAAACCGUAUAUUGUAUUUUUUGGAGACAACGUGCCACACGAUAAAGUACAAAAUGUGAAAGCUAAUGUGGAAAGUUUAGAUGCUUUGCUAAUUUUGGGAACAACACUUAGUACAUUCUCCGCAUACAGGAUUGUACUGCAAGCGUUUGAUGCUAAGAAGCCAAUAGCAAUGGUAAAUAUCGGUGAAACUAGAGGCGAUAAACUUAUCAAUUUGAGAAUAAAAGGGAGAUGUGGAGAUGUUCUACCAAAAAUUUGGCAGUUAAAUGCUUCAAAGGAUUUUCUAAGAUAAUGACAAAUGUGAAUAGCUUUCAAUUGUUAAAUAUUAUUUGAGAUAUUUGUACAUAUUAUAGUAUAUUGUUAUUUAAUUUUAAAUUUAUUAUAGCUGUUGAAUUAAAAAAAAUAAAUAAACAAUUGAAC